GUUUAGUUCAGAUGAGAGAGGCAUGCGGGAGUACCCAUGCCUUUUUGAUUAGAUGCAUGCAGCAGACAUUAGGUCCCCUCCAAGGAUCCUCAGACUUUAUGGAUCUGGGAGCAGCUUCGCGUUGUCAUCAGAACAAAAAGAAAUCAAACUCUUUUUCUCAGAGCUGGGCUUCUUCCCCUGGCUCCCCCCUCCCAUAUUUGUAUGUAUUUCAAGAGGAGAGUUGGGCUUAGCUUGCUCAUAAACUGCAGUUCCUGGGCGGACCCCACACACAGCUGGGUUAGCGGCUGGAUCCGCCUUCCCGGAAAGCCUAGCCGGGAGCCUCGCAAACUCGGGGCUCCGGGCUUGACAGCAGAAAUGCAGAAGACGGGCGCACCGAGGGAAGAUGAAUUGGUCAACGCCGUGAAGCCGGGCUUCUGGGCUGGCAGGAUCCAGAAAAUGGGUUACCGGAGAAGACUGGGUCUGCUUUCCUUGCUGCUGCUCUCCUUCUCCUGCAGUGUCAGUGCUCGCCGCAGCCUGAAGACCAACCUGUGCAAGUGGUGUGACUCCACGCCACCAGCCUGCGAGGAGAAGGUGUGCUACAGCAACUGCAACCUCAACUCCUACUGUGAGGACCCCUAUGAGAUCUGCGUGGCCAUAUGGAGACAGGACAACGAGAGCAUCAGGAUCAGCACGCUCUGCCACAACCCCCACCGCCCCAUUGAAAACCUCAUGGUCCCCAACUACAAUACCUCGCACUGCAUCAUGACCCAUCAGCCCAGUGAGGAAGGGAUCAUCUACAUCUGUGGCUGCGUAGACGAGCAGGAGUGCAACGAUAAACUCAUCUUUGAAAACCACACCAAUGGCUACUCCAUGCUGCAGAGCAAAGAGGUGAUCCCAGUGGCCGCCAUCAGCCUCCUGCCCCCACUGCUGGUGGCGGUGAUGAUCACGGUGAUAUUUUACCUCUGCCGCACACAGAAGCGGCGCAAGAGAACCAAGGCAUGGGGUGGGAAACCGGGACAGCCCCCGGCACUGCUGGAGGCAGGGAGGUCUGCUGAGCGGGAGGAGAAGUUGUCCGUGCUGAUGGAUGAGAGCCCAACCAGCGCCAACCCUACCUGUGCCAGCAGCCGCCCCGCUGAGCUGCUCCCCAUCGAGCUGGAUGAGAUGGUGGGCAAAGGUCAGUUCGCGGAGGUGUGGAGGGCCAAGCUGAGCCAUAGCCGCUCAGGGCAGUACGAAACAGUGGCCGUGAAGAUCUUCCCCUGUGAGGAGUACUCCUCCUGGAAGAAUGAGAGUCAGAUCUUCACUGACACCAGCCUCAAGCAUGACAGUGUCCUGCGGUUCCUCACUGCUGAGGACCGGGGCAUGGGGCCCCGCCGUGAGUACUGGCUCAUCACUGCUUACCACAGCCGGGGCAACCUCAAGGACUACCUCUCCCACCACAUCCUGAGCUGGAUGGACCUGCAGAAGAUGGCAGGCUCCCUGGUGAGUGGGGUGGCUCACCUCCACAGUGAUUACACCGCCUGCGGCAGGCCGAAAAUCCCCAUCGCCCACAGGGACAUCAAAAGCACAAAUGUCCUGGUGAAGAAUGAGCAGGAGUGCGUGCUCUGUGACUUUGGCAUUGCCAUACGCCUUGACCCUUCCCUGACGGUGGAUGACUUUGCCAACAGUGGGCAGGUGGGCACCGCCAGGUACAUGGCCCCAGAGGUCCUGGAGUCCAGAGUGAACCUGGAAGACUUGGAGUCUUUCAAGCAGAUGGAUGUCUACUCUAUGGCCCUUGUUCUGUGGGAAAUGGCUUCCAGAUGUGAAGUGGUAGGAGAGGUAAAGAAUUACGAGCUGCCUUUUGGAUCUAAAGUCCAGGAGCAGCCCUGCGUGGACACCAUGAGGGACAUUGUGCUGCAUGGCAGAGGGCGACCCGAGAUCCCGAGCAGCUGGCUAGUGCAUCAGGGAAUGCGCUUUCUGUGUGACACCAUCACAGAGUGCUGGGACCACGAUCCUGAGGCUCGCCUCACCGCCCACUGUGUGGCCGAGCGCUUCAACCUGAUGGCACAGAUGGAUUGUGAUGAUAUCCUCAACAACAACACAGACAACGAGGCCAGCAAAACAGCUUCUCCAGGCGGGGAGCACCAGGACAGUGACGGCAGCAGAAACACGCAGUGACACAGCAGGAAAAAAGCCUCAUCAUGAGAAACAAGAGGAUAAGUGAGAAGCAUUUAGCUCAUAGGAAAAAACCUUGCUCCAUUUUUCAAAAUGGAACCAAGAUCUAGUACAUAACUUAUUUAUAAGAUCUGUUUCCUGCCACAAAUAAGUGAACUAUGGAAUCAA